AUUGCCAUGUGUCUCCGCCGAUGCCGUUUGCUGUGUCAAGUCCGCAAUAUUUAUGUAAUUCAAAAUAAAAAUUCUAUGUUUCAAAAAUAAAAACACGGCCAGUUUAAUCGUUCGUAAAUAGUAAACUAUUCAAAAACUCCAUCAUGGGAACAGUACACGCAAAGGCGGAGCACGGGCAGGGUGACAAUGAGGUCCUGGGCAGUAACCUGUUUGAGUUUGGAGUUGAAGAGCCCAUGGAGAUGGAAGAGCCUAGCAUCCAGCGGCCCAGCAUCAAACUCGGCGGUGUGCGGGCACGGGUUGACCGAGUCCAUGUAGACGGUCUGAGCCGGACCAAGGAUGACGUGAUCCGGGGAGCGGUGGACGACUUAUUCCAUGCUACAGACUUUGAAGACGUCAUACUGCGCGCACAUAAGGUGCGGCGCGCUCUGGACGCGAUGGGGUGCUUCCGCGACAUCGCCGUCCUCAUCGACGUGUCGUCCGGCCCCGGCGCCACGCCGGAAGGGCUCGAGGUGACGUUCCAAGUGAAGGAGCUGUCCCGCAUCGUGGGCGGCAUCAACACCACAGUCUCCGAGAACGAGGGCAACCUAGUACUAGGAGUAAAGAUGCCGAACGUGCUGGGCCGCGGCGAGCGCAUCCAAUCCGAGUACUCUCUAGGAUACCGCAGCUCUUCCAACUUCAGCAUCACGGCUACCAAACCUUACCCGCACAAGCCCAGGACGCCACUACUGUCAGCACAGGUGUAUCAGCAGAAUUCUGAGUACCCCUGGUCGGGGUACAGGCUGCUCGACCGCGGCCUGCUGCUCGGGGUGGCCUUUAACACUUCGCCCGCGACGAAGCACCAACUACAAUGGGAGGGCGUGGUCCGCGACACGUCGGUGCUGAGCAAGACCACCAGCUUCAAGAUCCGGGAGAGCAGCGGUCCUCAAAUGAAGUCGGUGAUCCGCCACAUCGUGUCGGUGGACCACCGCGACGAGCCCAUCUUCCCGACCCGCGGGGCGUGGGUUCAGUUCUCGAGCGAGGUGGCCGGGCUGGGCGGCGGGGUGGCUCAUCUCAAGAGCGAACUCAAGGCUCAGACCAACCACGAGCUCGCCGAGAAUGUCGUGUUGCAGGUGACCGGCGCUGCAGGCGUCCUCCAUGAUGUCUUCGGGACAGAGAUAGCUGACCAUUUCUUCCUCGGGGGACCCACUACUCUUCGGGGGUUCAGGUCCAGAGGAGCCGGGCCUCACACCGAUGCUCAUGCUUUAGGCGGCCGGAUGUACUGGGCGAGCGGCGUGCACCUGUACACCCCCCUCCCCUUCCGCCCCGGUCGAAGCGGACUGGGGGAACUGUUCAGGUCCCAUGUGUUCGUCACCGGCGGCUGUCUCGCUUCCCCAGAGGAGUCCGGGGCGUCGCCCUGGGACGCGUUGACGGCCGUCCGCGUGUCGUGCGGCGCCGGCGUGGCCUUGAGACUCGGCCGGGUGGCCAGGCUCGAGCUCAACUACUGCACGCCCAUCCUGGCUCGGAGCGGCGACAUCGCCCAGCCGGGGAUCAGCUUCGGAGUGGGCGCAGACUUCCUGUAGCCACGUGAGUGCACACACACACACACACACGCCGGCGUGGCCUUGAGACUCGACCGGGUGGCGCGGCUCGAGCUCAACUACUGCACGCCCAUCCUGGCUCGGAGCGGCGACAUCGCCCAGCCGGGGAUCAGCUUCGGAGUGGGCGCAGACUUCCUGUAGCCACGUACUGUUCGCGAUAGUGAUCGUCAUAUGUCAAUGCGCACUGAACGCAGACGCAUCAAAAACUCAAUAUCAUAGUAUAGCCAAAUAUUAACGUUUCAUUUCUUUCAAAUAUCUGCGUCUCAGUAAAAUUAUGUACCUACUUGUAAAAGGACGAAAUUAACGACGAACUACUAUAAAAAACUGCCUUUGUAAAGGUACAAUAUAAUCAUUUGUAGAUUUUUUUCAUAUCAUUGGUACUUUUGGUCAGUACCGGUAUUAGAAAAUACCAGACGGUACCAUUUUGAAAAUCUUGUCGGCAACUUACUAAUGUGUUGAUUUUUGAACAAGGCAGGUUCAAAUAUGAUAGUUCAGACGGUCAUAUAUAAUUCGUCAAUAGCAGUGGGCAAAAAUCUAAUUAAAAUAAUAUUUAAUUCAGUUAUUUCAACUUCAAAUUAACUUAUGAUCAAGUGUAUAUUUUUUGACCAUUUCUAUUGACAAGUAUAACUAACUAGCCAGUUAAAUAUCGACCUUAAAGUAUAAGCAACAGAGGUGAAAUUGUAAUGAUUUGGUUUAUUCCAAAUGAUAUAAUGUAAAAACAGGUUUAUAUUCAAUGUUUUCAGAGCAGUUGUAAUAAAUACAUAGU